AUGAUUGAAACGCUCGUCAUUUGCCCGCAAAGCAUCGCAAAGCGUCUCUACGUCUAUAUACGACCCCGUCUUGGAUGGCUUUUACAACUGCUCACGCCUAGAACCCCGAUCCCCGUCGAACGUGUAAUAGACUUCAGCGGUGCAGCAGCAGCACCCAUGGCGGGCCAAGACGGUUCUCGGGAGCCGCCGGAUCGAUCGCCCAGCACCACUUACAAUGUAACCCCGAAGAGAGGCGGCAGCGAGAAUGGCUGCGGAUACAAGUCGUUCCCGGGAUACAAUAGAGCUUCACCGCGAGCGUUCAACGCAAGACCACCGACGAGGUCCGGGUCCUCCGGGUCCUCCGGGCCGCCGGUGAAACCGGCCGGAGCCCGCGUCCUGGCACCGGACUUGUUGCGCGGGCUGCUCAUGAUGGUCAUGUCCCUGGACCACGCGGCGCUCGCCCUGCACACGUGGGAGCACGGGACGGGUCGUGUCGCCGAGGCAGACGGGCAAGUCGUGCAGCGGUGGAACUCGACGGCGGCGUACGCGGUGCGCACCCUGGCGCAUCUGUGCGGCGCGGGAUUCACGUUCCUGCUCGGCAUGGGCGUCGUGUAUCUGGGCAGGUCGCGCGCGGGGCUGGGCUGGUCGGCGCCGCGGCUGGCGCGCUACUUUGCGGUGCGGUGUGCGGUUCUGACCCUCGUGACGGCCGUCUUCGGGCUCGUCAUGACGGGCGGCCGGGUGUGGUUCCUGAACGCGGUGCUGUUCUCGCUGGCGGUGGACUACUUGCUCGCCGGGCUGCUGUGGCUGGCCAUGAACAGGACCGAGGGUUGGCUGACGCUGGCGAUGACACAGAUGAGAAGGGGCCGGAGGGAUCACGACGAGUCGGCGGCGGAUGACGGCGAGGGUUUUAGGCGGCCGCUGCUUCGAGCACCGGACGAUGCUCGGGCGACUGCGGAGAGCUGCGCGUAUCUAUCAUGGAGCAUUCACAACGUCCUGUUGCUGGUGUUGAGCCUGGUCACCGUCUUCUGGAACAUCUGGCUCAGCGACGGCGGCGGCGUCUGCCCCCCCUUCGACGAGGACGUUUCGACGCGCUCAAGCCCCUCGAAUCCGCUGCUCCGCGUCUGGUUCUGGGUCAUGAUGGACGUGGAAUCGCGCGUCGUGUCGGCCUUUCCGCCGCUGGCAUGGCUCUCGUUUGCGCUGCUCGGCAUCCUGUACGCGCGCGUCACGACGGCACGCCCGUGGUCUCGCCGGGCCCUUGUCCUCGGCCACGUCCUCGCGGCCGUCUGCUCGUCCGCCCUGUUCGUGCUCACGCGCGUGCUCCAUCUUGGCAACCUGUCCGAGCGGUGCCUCCAGACGCCCGACCAGCAGCGCCGUCCCGGCCAGAACCAGUACCUGGCCUCGGCUGCGUCCUUCUUCUACGUCGUCAAGUACCCGCCCGACGUGGCCUUUUUCGCGCUCACCAUGGCGGGGAAUCUGCUUCUCCUCGCGCUGUUCACUGCUGUUCCGCCGCGGGUGGCGAGGCGCCUCACCAUGCUGCUGGAUUUCGGAACGAGCGCGCUGUUCUUUUACAUUGUGCACAUGGCGGUUUUGUUCGGCGCGGGGAUGCUGGUCGUGGCGGCGUUUGGGCGCGAGACGGGCGUCGCGGACCCGAUGGAUCCUGAGAAGACGAAGGGGAUUGAUAAUCUGCUUGUGUAUUUUGGGUUUUAUGCCGUCAUGAUGGUGGUGUUGUGGCCGCUUUGCAGGGCGUAUAGUCGGUUCAAGAGCACCAAGGGGCCGGAUUCGAUCUGGCGCUUCUUUUAG